UUAUUUGACAUGGACGAAGAAACCAAAGGCAUGCUUCAAAGGGAAAACUUGCUUGUUGAUCGAGGGCUGCUUCAUCUGGGUCCCGUUAUCGGCCAAGGCCACUUCGGUUGCGUCUACCUUGGGACUAUGAAGCUCGAAGGCAAAGGACACGUUGAAGAAGUAGCCGUGAAAACUCUGCAUAACAACUCUCGCGGUGGUGAAGUUGACAGCAAGGCAUUCUUGGAGGAAGCCCUCAUCAUGAAAGACUUUCACCAUGUCAAUGUGCUACCACUCAUUGGGUUGAGCAUCGACAAGACCGAUGGUCUCAUGGUCAUCAUACCGUAUAUGAAAUACGGUGACCUACUGUCCUAUAUACGAGACGAGAGAAACAAACCAACCGUAAAACAACUAAUAAUAUUCGGAGUCCACGUGGCCGAAGGCAUGAAGUACUUGGCCGACACAAAGUUCGUGCAUAGAGACCUCGCGGCUCGGAACUGCAUGUUGAGUGAAGAUUUUAUUGUCCGUGUGGCCGACUUCGGCCUCUCUCGCGACGUUUACGAGAAGGACUACUACAGCGGGGAUAACAAGGCAAAGCUACCUGUCAAAUGGAUGGCGCCAGAAAGCUUGGAGAAAGGAAUCUACAAUCACAAGACUGACGUAUGGUCUUACGGCGUACUCUUAUGGGAGCUGAUUACUCGUGGUGUGACGCCGUAUCCUGAAGUGGACAACUGGGACAUCGUAGACUACCUCAGGCAAGGUCGCCGGAUGAAGCAACCGAGCUACUGCCCUGACGAGAUGUACGCCAUUAUGCUCAGGUGUUGGCACGACGACCCUAAAAAGCGACCUACGUUCGCGAAGCUCGUCACCGACGUCCCCAACGUUCUUUCCAGCCUUGAGAAGAAGAAAAGGAAAAAGCGGCUUGGACUGAACGUCACGUACAUUAACUGCCCACGCCCCAAUCUCACCGACGAGGCCGAGCCAUCUACAGAACCAUAGGCGUGAGCAAGGUUCUCCGUUAGAGGUCGCAGUCUCCCCACCCCACUCCCCCCCAAAUGGACGAGUCUGUUGAAACAAAACGAGCUGUGCAUUGCUUGCAAAAAUCACUUAUGAAGCCAUAACGCGCUGCUCACAUCGGCUUUCCCUUGGUCCCUGGCUUUUCGGGGGCAAACGUCGGAAGUGAACAGUUCUUAGAAUACAAUAUCAGGGGC